AUGAUUAUGACCAUGGAUAUCAUUGGUUGUCAUAAAUUACUUGAACAAUUAUAUCAUGAUACUAUUAAUCAAAAUACAAAUUUAAUGGAAAUAUUAGCCAUUAUUAAGUCUUCUACUACUACCACCACCAACAAAACAUCUUCAUCUCUUCCAACUAUUGCUAGAGGUUUACAAACAAAACAUUCCAAAUUAUUAUCAUUAAUUAAUCAAACUUUAAAAGAUUUACAAAGUCAUCCUUCUAAUGAAAAAGAUAUUUUUAAAAGUUUUAUUAAUGAAUUUAUUAUAUGGAUAGAUGAUAAUACUUUAACAUUAUUUAUUAAAUAUUCUAAUGAAUUGAAAUAUCGAAAACUUUGUGAUUCAAUCACUGAACUGAUUAUUAAUUCUCCAAUAAAUAAUUUAAUUAAUUUUAUUACAUUUAUUCAUUCAUGUCAACCUCAUUUACGUAAUCCAUUUGUUCUUGAUAAAUUAAUUAAUAUUAAUAAGAAAUUACAAGAAAUUAUUAAUAAUCAUAAUAAUGAUAUUUAUUAUAAAAAAUUAAAUAAUAUUUUGUUUUCAAAUGUUAAAUCAUUCAAUUCAAAUAUAUCAAUGAUUAAUAGGAAUGAUAAUGAAUUGGUUUCAAGUUAUUUCACUAUUGAUCAAAUAAUCGAUAGAACUGCUGAUGCAGCGUUAUAUAUGGAUAAUACGAAUAAACCUAUUGAAUUAAUGUUAUUAGAUCUUGCUGGUACAGGGAUUUAUAAUUCAUUAGCAAUUUUAUCAAUUGAUUAUGAUGAUGAUAAUGAUGAUGAAAUUUCUCGUUCAUUAAUGUAUCCACCAUUUAGAAUCAAUGAAUUAUCAUUAUCAAAUACUUCCAAUUCAAUAAUUCUUAAAUCUAUUGAUUUCUUAUCAUCUCCAACCAGAACUACUACCAGAACUACUACCACCACCACCACCAAUAAGGAAAACACUAUUAUUAUCAAUUGUGAUGAUUCUGAAUUAUUACAAAUAUGGGUACUGAAUUUAUCGAAAAUUUUCCCCACUCAACGUUGUAAUAAUAAUAAUAAUAAUAAUGAUUCUUCUUCUUCUUCUUCUUCCAAUGGUGAUAAAUUUUUAAUUGAUUCACAUCAUUCAAGUCUUACAAAAAUGUCUGGAUUAGGGAUUAAUGUAAUAUCUGAUUCUGAACAUAAACAAAUUUUGUUGUCACAAGAAGAAGAGGAAGAAGAAGAAAAUAUUAGUACCCCUUCAAUAUCAAAAAGAAACACAACUCCAUUUAAAGAAUUAAUUGAUAAUCCAACACCUACUCCAUUUAAAAAGGAUAAAUCAUCAUCAAAUGAUGAUGAUAUAAAUAAUGAAAUGGUAGAAAAUUCUGGGUCAAACACAUGUAAUUCUUCAAUAACAAGUAAUGAGGAUAAUAACCAUAUUAAAUUACAAUCUCAAUAUGAUCGUACUGUACCAUUAAUUAAAAAAACAUUAUCUUAUAAUCAUCAAUUAGAAGAUAAAGUUGGAAAUGAAAAUGAAAAUGAAAAUGAAAAUGAAGAUACCAAUAAUGAUAAUGAUGAGAAAUAUUUCCAAAUAAUCAAUCGCAAAAAAGUUUCUGAAGAAUUUUCUCAAGAUGAUAAUGAGAAUAGACCAAAAUCAUCUCGUGGAGAAGUAAUUGCUUAUAAUGAAACUUCUCCAUUAGGAAAUGAAUCAUCUUAUGAAGAUAAUGAUGAUGAUAAUGAUGAUGAAGAAGAAGAAGAUGAAGGUGAUGAAGAUUUAAUAUCAACUAAAGAAAUUGAAUUAAUUGAACCAAAUGUUCCAUAUCAUAAACCUUUAUUAGAAACAAAUUCUGCUCCUAAUUUAAUGGUGUCUAGCAAUAACAUUAGCAAUAACAAUAACAAUAACAAUAAUACUAAAUUAUAUCAACUUUCUAGUGGUUCAGCAGUUGAUAUUAAUAAUUUUGGUAAGAAUUAUAAACCUUCAUUUAUUAUACCUAAUCAUAAUAAUCAUAAUCCUAAUAAUAAUAAUAAUAAUAAUAAUAAUUCUACCAAUUCAAUUAUAUCUAAUAAUAAAACUAAUAAACAAAGGAAAAGAAGAUCUUUUUUUGAUUUAUUUAAGAAAAUGUCAUCUAAAUCAAAUCUUGUUGAAGAUACUCCUGGGUUUGAAAGUGUAAUAUUGGAUCCAUCAAUAAAUACUAUUACCACUACUACUUCUGAUGUUGUUGUUGUACCAGAAAAAAAUGAAAUAAUUAAUAAUACUGUUAUAAAAGAAGAAACAGAAGCAGAAGAAGAAGUUGAAGAAGAAGAAAAAGUUUCUAAACCAACUAAUAAAUCUAGUUCUUCUUUACCUAGUCCAUUUGCCUUACCUUCAUCCACUUCUACUUAUUUUUUCAAACAAUAUAAAGAAAAUGGAUCAACUUCCAGUUUAAAUAAAACUCGUUCAACAACAACAGCAACAACAUCAUCAUCAUUAGUGUCACCAGAACCACAACAACCACAACAACCACAAGAAGAAGAAGAAUUAAUUAUACCACAAGAUUUAAAAGAUACUAUUAAUCAAGAAUCUACCAUUGAUUUUUUCAUUUCUCAAUCAUCAUCAUCAUCCCCCUCCUCCUCCUCCUCCUCCUCCUUCUCCUCCUCCUCAUCAUCAUCAUCACCAAAAUUUUUAAAAAUAUCUAAAUGGAAACAUAAAUAUGGGAAAUGGGAAAUGAUUACUAUUUCAAAAAAAAUUUUUAUUAAAAUUGUCAUUAAUUAUCAAUUAAAAAAAUGUUGGUUUAUUAUAUUUAAAGAAGAAUUUGAUGAAAAAUUUAAAGAAGAAAUUGAUAAACCAAUAUUAUUAUUAGAUAUUUUAAUGAAUUCAACUAAAAUAAGAAAAUCUUCACCUCUUGAUUUACAAAUAUUUUCUAAAAAUUCUAUUACUAAUGAAAAAAUUUUAAUUAUGAUUAGAUGUAAUUCUAAUGAUUUAAUUAAUGAUAUUAUUAAUAAUGUUGAAAAUGCUCUUGGUGCAUUAUCAUCCACUACCACCACUUCCACCACUUCCACCACUUCCACAAUUGGUGCUUCCUCAGGGACAAUGAAUAAUCAUAAUAAUAAUAAUAAUAAUAAUAGUUAUGGAUCUUUAAAUUCAUCAAAAUUAUUGAAUUCUGAUAAUACAUUAGCUUCUUCAAUGAUGGAUUUAAAUAAUCUUAGCACUAGUCAUUCAUCUACAUAUACUAGUUUUUCAUCAUUUGGAGUUCAACAAACCAAACAACCACCACCAACAGUACCACCAACAGUACCACCAGUACCAAAAAAAUCAUUAUUAUUAUUAUCAUCAUCAUUAUCAUCAUCAUUAAAUGCUAAUGAAAUUUAUAAUGCCAAUAUUAUUAAUAAUCCCAAUACUAUUUAUAUUAAUAAAAUCAAUCAAAUGCAAAUUCGAUUACAAAAAUUCCUGAUAAAUAGUAAUGAUUAUAAGGAAGAACAACAACAAAAACAAUUGAUUUAUAAUCCAUCAUCUUGGAAAAUAUUAUCCAUGUAUAAAUUAAAUAUUGAUCAAUUAAUUGAUGAUUUAACUCAAAGAAGUUUUUAUUAUUUUAAAUUAACUAAUGAUGAAAACCCAGAAAAACCAGAAGAAAAAGAAGAAAAGGAAGAAUUUAGAUGGUUGAUUUCUAAUGAGAUGAAAUUUGUAGUAUUAGAAAAAAUUGGUAAAGCAGGAUUAUUAGUUAAACAUAAUGAUGGUUAUGGAAUUAAUCAUGAUAAUAAUUUGGGUGAAAUUUAUAUGAUUGAAUGUCGAGGUAAGAAAGAAUUUAAAACUUUAUAUGAAAUUUUUUAA